AUGUCGAGGAAGACUAACAUAAUAAUAGUGUCAGUUAUAUUAGGUUUUGUGGCAGCAGCUGUGAUUGGAUUUCUAAUAUGGUGGCUGGUAACUGAUACAGAGGAAUUUACCAUAAUCAAACUCGAAGGUGAAGGCAUUGGUGAUAUUGAAUACACAGCAGCGUUUACGAGAAUAAGAGGGAGCGGCGAUAUAUUUUGGUGGUUCUAUCCCACUCUCCCUGCUGUCAAAAUCAUAAAACCUAUUAUAUUGUGGGUGGAUGGCGUCACUGGUGUACCGCCUAGUCUACUGGCAAACUUCGGCAUGUUCGGUCCGUACGACUUCAACUUGAACCAACGGAGCGAUUCUUGGAUUAAUAAUUAUAAUUUACUAUUCGUGGAUGCACCGCUUGGUACAGGAUUUAGUACAGCCCAGAGCGACAGUCAGAUUCCAGGGAACCUUGACGCGACUACUGACCAUCUGUUGUUUACCUUGGAAUCAUUUUACCGUCUUCAUGAAGACUACGCAGAUACCCCACUCUAUAUUUUCGGUGAAGGGCAUGGUGCGCAAAUAGCGUUGGCACUCGCCAGGAGGCUUGCCUCAACCGAUCCACCUGGCAGGUUCCAGCACAAUUUGAAAGGAGUCGUACUCGGUAACGGAAUUGUUUCUCCUGCUCUCGCCUUGACCAAACUGGGAUUUUAUUUAGAAGAACUUGGUUACAUCGAUGCUAACGGGAGGGCGGCCAUUGAGACACUUUCAGAAGACGUGAGCAGCUCGGUUAGUGGCGGUCAACUAAGAGAUGCUUUUGACAAAUUUAUUACACUUGGAGAUUUCGUGAAUGAAAAAGCAGGUGCUGUCGCUGUUAACUUGGGGCAUAUAGUCGAUAAAUUGACACGGGAAGCGUCAAGAGAUUAUUUCGGUCAAAGACAAUACAUGCAGGAAAAAUUCGGUUUAGACGCCUUUUCAUUCAUGCAGGAAACCGUGGCUCCUGCUUUGGGUAUACCAUCAGACGUUUCGUUUGACUACAACAGAGCUGCUGUCGUUGAUGCAUUCAGAAACAAUUUUAUGUCACCAGCCACACCUCACGUUGAAUUCCUUCUUAGAAACACGGACUUGAAGGUGGUAAUUUAUAAUGGAAAUCUCGAUGCCGUUUCCAAUACACCAGGUCAACUAGAGUGGGUAGAUAAUUUACAAUGGCCAGGUCAGGAAGAAUUCAAAACUACUCCUCGACGAACUUUAGUAAUUAACAGAUUAGUAGAAGGCUAUUUCAGGGAAACUCCGAGAUUGUCAUUCUAUUGGAUGAACGCGGCUGGUCAAUCGGUUCCACUCGACAGCCCACUAGCAAUGCGACGGAUUUUGGACAGGAUAACACAACCCAAAUGA